AAGUUGCGCAUACGAACGGCAUUUAGGCGCCAUUUUGGUCUAAAGUAAUAUCAAACUUAACUUUCAACACAUGAAGAAAUUUGUGUAGUUAAAUUAUCACUUCAGUUAUUACACAUAUAUAUUUCUCUGAAAUCUAAAUAACACUAAAUUCUAUAGAAAUGGACGGGCCACGGGGUGGAUUCCGAGGUGGUGGUCGCGGUGGCCCACCCGGUCUUCGAGGUCGAGGUGGAUUUGAUAUGCGUGGACGCGGUAUGCCUGGUAUGCGAGGUCGCGGCGGCCCCCCUCGAGGAGCUCUUGGACCACGUGGUGCACCGCGAGGAUUUAGAGGACACAUGCGGGGCGAAAGAGGUGGUCGUUUUCCCCCUGGACCGCAAGGCCCUGGUCCACAUCCAGUACCUACAAUAGAAACCAGAGUUGGACCUCCACAUAGAGGUGGUUUUAAUAAUAGAGGAGGUCCAGGUGGUAUGAGAGGUCGAGGUGGCCGUGGUCGCGGUGAUUUUGGACCGAGAAAUGAUAGAGGGGGAAGAGGAAUGCCUAUGAGAGGUAGAGGUGGUAGAGGAGGUCCAGGAGCACCACCUUUAAAUGGUCCGCCAGUUGGCGGGCUUCCUCCGCACCCCGGACCACACGGACCACCAGCACCAAUUCCUAGUGGUCCUCCCAAUUUACCACCUAGAGGUGUGCCUCCACAGCAUCAAUCAAAUAUACCACCAAACCAGUCACAGGGACCACCAUUCAAACGUGGUGGAGGACCACCACAUGGAGGAGGGGGGCCACCUAAAAGAGGAAGGUUUGACGGUCACCGUGGAGGGGCGAGGCAACCACCGGGCGCGUACGCAGCGCCGCCGGCACACAACCAACAGUCAAAUGGCUAUGGACCCCCUGUGCACACAGGCUAUCAACAAUAUGAACAACCUCCCGCAGAGCAGUUCCCAUCUCCAUCAUACAAUGCUUCAAGCUCGUACCAGAGCGGCGGCAACUACUCGACGCCGGCGCCCGCGCCCGCUCCCGCAUAUUCCAAUAAUUAUGGUUCAAACUACGGCUAUUCCACUAGCGGACAAGGUUACGAUAAUAAUGGAUACAGCGCGGGCGCUGCGGGCGGCGCCGGGGACGCCGGGUACGGGGCCGCGGAGAGCUCGUACGGCAGUUGGUGA